AUGUCGGACCUAAAUGAUCUUAAUAAAGACCCUAGUGACCAUGUUCAAUCAAACAAAUGGCAAUUAUAUAAAGGCAUAACAAUGUCAAUGUUGGCCGCUCUUUGCUUCUCACUCUCGGCAGUAAUAGUUAAGUAUUUAAAGGACAUAUCAGUGGAACAACUAUCUUUGUAUCGAUCUAUUGAGUUUUAUGCCUUCCAAUGCCUACCGCUCGCCGACGCCUAUACUAUACUACAAUCUAUACCCGUAUUUGCAUCGGUGUUGGCCUUUCUAUUUCUCAAAGAGCCGUGCGGUCUGUUUCAGAUAUCGAUGAUCUUAAUGACAAUGUUUGGUCUCUCCCUCACCACUAAAUUGGUGUAUAUGUUGUCUAUGGAAACGGAGUCUCUAUUUGUUGAUAAUUCGACGGCCAUUAUUGAGGCCAUGGAUGUUGAGUUCGGCCACCGGACGGAUCACUAUUACUACGGUGUGUCGGCCGCCCUGUCCUCAGCCCUCUGCAUAUCACUGGCAGAAAUGGCGGGACCGGUGGCUGUGGUGAGAGUGGCCACAGAUAUUAUACUGUCGUUUGUUUGGCAGAUAUUUAUAUUUAACAACAAUCCCGACGUCUGGACAAUCAGUGGCGCUAUUGUCGUAGCCUUUGCUAUAUUCCUCACGAGUUGUCACAAAUGGAUUAACAGUAAAGAUAAUAAAAAAUAA